AUGGCUCCGAUGGGCGCCACGGCCCAAACAGCCUUCCAAGCGAAGCCAACGGCUGCCGAUCCACACCGCUACCAGACUGGCUUCGGCAACAGGUUCGCCUCCGAGGCCAUUCCGAAUGUUCUGCCCAAGGGCCGCAACGUUCCCCAGAAGGUGAAGUACGACCUCUACUCGGAGCAGCUGAACGGCGCCGCCGUCGUCACCGCUCGAGACUCGAUACGGCACGUCUGGAUGUAUCGCUUGCGACCGUCGGCGGCCCAUGGACAGAUGUCACCUUCGGAUGAAAAUCCCCUCAUCGAAUCCUACUUCUCUCGUGCAAAUGACAGAGUUGAAUCUGUCGCCUCCCAGGAGGUCUGGGACCCGCUUCCUUUGCUGGAAGGCGACGACGACGACGAUGACGACGACGAAUCAGGCGGAACCGACUUCGUAUCGGGAAUGCGGACCAUCGGAGGUCAAGGCGAUCCGUCUCUGCGGGAAGGCCUCGCGAUCCACGUAUACUCGGCCAACCGAUCGAUGGCCAACAGCGCCUUUUGCAACAAUGACGGCGACUUCCUCAUCCUACCCCAGCACGGCAGGUUGCAGAUCCAGACGGAGCUCGGCUGGCUCAUGGUUCGGCCCGGCGAGCUCGCGGUGAUCCAGGCCGGCAUCCGAUUCCGCAUCCUGCUUCCCGACGGUCCCGUCCGCGGCUACGUGCAGGAAAUCUUUGGCGCGCACUACCACCUGCCGGAGCUCGGCCCCGUCGGCUCCAACGGCAUGGCGCUCGAGCGCGACUUCGAGUCCCCGGUGGCGAGCUUCGACGUGGACGAGUCUCGGUGGAGGAUGACGUACAAGCUGGCCGGCUCCCUCCACGCAUGCGAGCAGAACCACACGCCAUUCGACGUGGUCGCGUGGCACGGAAACCUCGUGCCGUACAAGUACGACGUCGAGAAGUUUGUCAACAUGGCCAACGCGAACAAGGAUCAGGCGGACCCGACAAUCUACUGCGUGCUCGCGGCCAAGUCCAAGACGGCGGCCGUGUCCAUGACCGACUUUCUCGUCUUCACCAAGAAGUGGAUCACGGCCGAGGACACGUUCCGGCCGCCGUAUUACCACCGUAACAUGAGCACCGAGGUCAUGGGCCUCCUGCGAGGGCAGCACGGCGGUGGCGGCCACAGGCUGACGGGCGGCGGCCUCAGCUACGUCGCGAGCUACAUGCCUCACGGCGAGACGUACGAGACGUGGAAGGAGGCCUCGACGAAGCACCUGCGGAGCAUCGUCAUGGGCGAGGAGACGGUGGCCUUUAUGUUCCACAUCAGCGUGCCGCUCUACCUGACCAAAUGGGCCUUGCGAGGGGACGGCGGCAGGCUCCGGCAAAAAAGGUUGCCCGAGCAGUGGGACGGCAUGAAGGCGCAUUUCCUCGAUCAUCUGGACGAAGUCGAGGCCGACCUGCAAGCCGCGGGGCUGCCGACGCUGGCAGACGGCAUGAAGCGAUAG